AUGAAUAGUGGCGGGCGAGCGUGCCUGAGUGCUUCAUCUUCACGGGAAGAUCCACCACGUUCAAGAAAUACUUCGGUACGACGUGCGUACACCAGUCCACAGGAUGGAACGCUAGGAAUUCCUCCGUCGUCAACUGUUCGAGGCAAUGGUAGUCGCAGGCGCUGGACGUAUAGACAGGAGCCACCACAGCACGUGUCCCACAUCACUUGUGCUCAGAACACUCAGAAUCAGUCUAUUCGUCGACAGAAUUUCUCCAAUAAUGGCAGAGAAGUAGGACAUAAGCGUAGGCGUGGACGCCGAAGUCGAAAGCAAUCGGAGGUCCACGAUAUCAUGAUGUGUGACGAGUUUGCCGUUAUUGAAGAAAGAAAUCCGUUGGAGGAAAGCUACCCCCAUUUUCCUGGUUUUGUUUUCGAUCCUACCACCAGGAAGCACUUCAGGAUAGCACCUGAGCAUAGUGGG